CUUAUUAUCAACUCAAGCCGAUUAGCUGAAUUUCUUAAUAACGAUCCUUUUUCAGACGCUCUCUUCAACAGUCGUCUUCACUUACCUGAUCAUCACUCUUCCUGUUUUCCGUCGGCGAUAGAGGAAGAAGAAGAAGAAGAAGAAAUGAUGGGAUUGGAGAGCGUGGGUGGGCUUGCGAUUCACAUCAUUCUAUCGAAACUCAUGCCGGAAGACGUAGCCGCUACGGCCUGCAUCAGCCGGAGAUUUAGGGAUUGGGUAUCCGACGACGAUUCCCUCUGGUCCAAAUUCUGCGCCGAUGAACUCGGCUUGUCUUCUCCUCAGGACCCUUGGGGAAACCCCACUCCCUCUUUCAGGGUAUCUUAUCAAACAUGGAGGGAAGCAUUCAAUAUGUAUCCAUGGACCUUGGUUAUAAGAGCCAAAAGAUGUUGGAGCAGAAUUAGAAGCUGGAUGGAGAUUAACUUCCCUGAGGUUUUGCCUACCUUACGCAAAGGUGCUUCCGAGGAUCAAAUAAAUUACUUGGAGGAGUGUUUAAAAGUAAAAUUGCCUCUUCCCACUAGGGUUCUAUACCGGUUUUGUGAUGGUCAAGAACUGAGUGAUGAUGAGUUCACUGGAAGCUCAACUGAAAAUGAACCUAUGAACUUGUUGGGCUUGAUUGGGGGGUACUCUUUCUAUAACCAUCUGGUAAAUGUUUCCUUGUUUUCUUUAAGUCAAGUAAUAGUUGAAACUAAGAACAAUAUGCGUUACUUGGGACUUGGCACCAGACCAAAGUAUAUUCUUGUAGCAGCUUCUAUCACAGCUUAUGGAAAGAUAUUUUACUUGAACUGUUCAACCGGUCAACUCCAUGUGGGUACCUGGGAUCGGUCUAUUGGCGGAGAAACGCUUCCUUGUGUACCAGAGUCGUUGUUAUGUUCUGUACACGAUACAAAAGGCAGCCAACAACAAGAUGCCAUGUUACUGUGGCUAGAAGAAUAUGGCCGACGUUUGGAAAAUGGAAUUGUCAAGGUUCGAACAGAAGAGUGCACUAGAAGCAUCAGUCAUUUUCCAGAAGAACCUCCACUUUGUUCCACUGCUAUGACGAAUGGUGUGAAGGUUCGUGCAUCUGCUGUGCUUGUCCCAGAGUGCUGCAACCUUGAACAUGAUUCUGAGAAAUAUAUGUUUGCAUAUUCUAUCCGCAUGUCCCUUUCACCUGAAGGAUGCAUCUUAAAUGGAAUGAAGUUUAGUUCUUGCCAAUUGUAUCGUAGACGAUGGAUCAUCCGUGCCAAUGAUGCUAUUGUAGAUGAUAUUAGUGGAGAAGCAGUAAUAGGAAAGUUUCCACUUCUACGGCCUGGUGAAGAAGAGUUUGUAUAUGAGAGCUGCACACCUCUAUCGUCUUCAUCAGGUUCAAUUGAAGGUUCUUUCACUUUUGUCCCUGGACGAUUAGCAGAGCCAAAAGGCAGUCCAUUUGAAGUCGAAGUGGCAAGAUUUCCUCUUCAGUUGCCAGACUACGUUUUCUGAUUGCAAUUGUGUGCGCAAUCCACUUUUUAAGUUGAGCAAUGGUAUUAGUAUGUACCAAAACUCUCUUCUCUGCGCAUAAUUGAUGCUCUCAUCCUUUGUAGUGUCAACAAAUCUAAACUAUUUGAAUGGUGGCAUUGUCGUUCUGGUUUCAUCAUAUCUAGGAUCAUCAAAUGUGUCAAGUUUUUGGCACCGUAUCUUAAAUUAUGUGAUGUGAUUUGUGUAACGUGUCAUGUCUCUGAAUUAGUUGAUUUCAUGGUUUAAUUUUUAAUUUCUUUUAGAC